AUGCUUCGUUUUGGAACUUUCGUGGCGAUUUCUAUGGCGCUAGCUGCUGCGGCGCCUGGAUCCAAGAUCUUCCAACUGGACCUUUCUCCUGAAGAAGCUCAAAAGUAUAUUAGUAACCCACCGUAUGUAGAGCCCAAGUACGCUGGCAGGACUGCUAUAUUGCCUUUGAUAAGAUACAACGACCCGAGGUUUCGCUCAGCGGACGCUGGUCCCACUCUCGGCCACUACUGGAAGAACGGACACGAGAUUGAAAACCCCGACGAUUAUGUUGAAGAGGUUUACAACGCAAACCAAUUUCACGGCCAAGAUGGCUUAGGCGCGUACGCAUAUGGCUACGAGACCCCUGAAUCAGCCAAAGUGGAGAACAGAGUGCGUUCUGGAGAUGUCACAGGAUCUUACACUUAUAAAUCUGGUGACAAUGAUAUUAAGGUCCGUUACUGGGCAGACAGCGAAGGUUUCCACCAAGAAGACAACAUCCCCAAGGUAGAACUGAAGCCAGUAGAAGAAGCUGAAGACGUGAGACAAGCUCGACUCGCUCACGAGAAGGCCUGGCAAGAGGCCGCUGAGGCUUCCCGUAAACAACCUGAACUACCUAACGGAUACUGGAGUGGUCACCCCCAGAACCUGCAGGACUACCAGCCCGCUGCGUCAGAGCAGCAGGAUGUGUACGUCGCAGCACCAAGUGACGUGAACCCUUCUUUCACGAAGCCGACAGGAAAGCGCCAGGCAAAGGAAUAUUCGAGCGGUCCAUUCUACCAACCCGAGAAGCUUGAAGAACCAGAACCCACUGGCCCCCCUCGUGGUUUCUUCUAUCAGUUCGACUACCCAGUAUCCAGCAUUGUGCUCAAGAAUGAAGUACGCCAG